AUCGACGAGUGUACAGCCAACAUUCAUCGGUGUAAUUUAAAUGCGUCAUGUACAAAUAACUUGGGAUCUUUUACGUGCAACUGCUUUCCUGGAUUUUCUGGAGAUGGUCAAACUUGCAGUGGUAAUGACAUUUCUGGGCUGUGAUUUUUAAGGGCUAUGAUAUGCAAUUUGCUAUAGUUUUGAAAAACUAAAAUCCGUCUUCGCAUCAUUUGGUCCAGGUUUGUUUGAAGAGUUUAGGCACUGAAUCUGUUUCCUACCGUCUAUUGCUAAGGAUGACAAGGAUAAACAUGGACUGAAACCUAUAAACAAAUUGGACCAACUUUUUCGAGUUUUCAAAUAUUAAGGUUAUAGUGCUCCCUGAUGAAGCUGGUUUGAUAUAUUUUUCAUAACUCUAAAGGAACAAUUUUUGUAUGGGUUUAUUCAUUAAAAAAUGACUUCAGCUCAGAAUGAAAUGACAUAAAAGAGCAACAUCUCGGUGUUGCCCGUUUAUAAUAACCGGCUAAUCCCAUGUAUUACGAAAGUCACCCCUAGUUGCUCGAUCUUUUUGCCUGAGUUUCGACGGAGAAGCCGAGUUCACCAAAAUGCAUUUGCGAAUGUAUUUGGAAUACAUUAUAGUAUUUCACCGAUCAAAAAUAUGCUGAAACAACAAGAACUUACGUACACUUACUGUUUUAUUUCGUUCUCUAUGAAGUUCAGAUCUUUCUCGAAUGAACAACAACAACAAAAAAUUAAAAAGAAUUCACGAGGCUUCCAAGAAGUGUACCAAUAUAACCAAAAUGGAAAGAUAUAGAUAUAUAUUGAUUGAAAUUAGUGCCUUGUUUUUCUCAAAAACGUCUAUGCUGUGCAUCUUUUCAGCGUUUUUUCGACGGUUUAUCAGUGUCUAGAAAAGUCAGGAGAUCUUACCCAGAAAUGGGGUCAACGUGAUACUCAAAAAUGCGGUUCUCAUAAAUGCACCCGCUUCUGCAGGUUAUCCCCCGGCUCAAACGGUGAACGCAUGGAGUUUACGGUUUCAUUCACUCUUAAAUACUCUUGCUUUCUUUUUUUCAGAUAUAAACGAAUGUACCAGCAACACACAUUCAUGUUACGCCAAUGCAACAUGUCAAAAUACCAUUGGAUCACAUUACUGCGCAUGCAUGUCUGGAUAUACCGGAAAUGGACAGAACUGCAUCGGUAAGAUAGUCGCCUUAUGUUUUCUCGUCGUACAGUUUUGCAGCCUAAACAAAAACACCUGGUCCUAUGCUUUGCGAGCAACAAAUCCCGCCAUAAACUUGAAGCCCAUGCCACUUAUAUGCUGGCUUAAGCUCCUCCAUGCCCUAUGAGGCAUGCAAGAACUAUAGCAGCGAAAUCACUAAGAAAAACAUACAUAAGCUUAGGCACCAAAAUGAAAAGAAAAUUUUGAAACUUAAUUUUGACUAAUUACAAAGCGGCUAUAGGAUGGAUUUAAAACCAACAUUGACUGCUGGAGCUGAAUUGACCAGUUUAGAGAAAGAUGCUGCAGGGAGCGUGGACUUUGGCUAGCUUAGCGAAAAUACUGAUUAUACAGAAAAGCAAGCGGAUUAAGUGCUAUUCACCACAUCCAUACAUCAAAACCCAUCAUGGUCCUUGCCGUGUUAUACAAAACUGUUUAAAAGAUGAAACAAACAAACAAACAAACAAACAAACAAAACAAGGAAAAAUGACCAUCACUAGUUGGAAUCCAUACCCUUUUCCUCUUGUGCAUCUAUGGAUUAAAUGUUGAAAGGACUUAUAAUAUCUCUGUUUGCGCGCUUUUCUUGAUUUGUCAACCUGUCAUUAUCAUUUACCGAUAUUUCUCUCUAUAGAUGUUGACGAGUGUGCGACCAAUACCCAUUCAUGUGAUGCCAAUGCUUAUUGUAAUAAUACCAUUGGAUCAUUCAAUUGCACCUGUAAUCCUGGAUACAACGGAACGGGAACAUAUUGCAAUGGUUAGUAUUGCCGUUAUUGGCUCUUAAAAGUGGAUUAGGUGGCAACGAGUCGGAUGAAAAACUAUGUGGCGAGAUAACAAAGACAUUUGGUAUCAAUAUAUAAAAUAACAUUAGCCGUUUUCACACUAGAGGUCUACGAAUUAUCCAUCUACAAGUGAAAACGGGACGAUGUUCAAUUUGGACGAAUAAUUCGUCUGAUUUCAUCCGUCUGUUGAUUCGUCUUUUUUUAGACGGAUAAUUCGUCUUGAAUUCACAUCAGAUGGAUAAACUGAUCCCAGUUGUUACCUGACAUGCCUACAACUAGAAAGGGUGCGUUAGAUGACACCUAAAGUGCCAUCAGCAAUCGUAACAUGAAAGAGGAAGAAGGGGUCGAACGUGGAAAAAUCACAUACAGAAAAGCAAAACCCUGAUCAUUAUCCCACCAAAAAAGGUUUCCCGAUCCCUCGUUUUCCAUUUGUUUUAGAGUUUCUAAGGGCUUACCCCAGCUACAUACUACUGGAUGCACAACCUCUCAGGGGUCGGCUCCGAAGCGUUUCCAGAGUGCUAAAUUUUAAAUCUUUUCAAUAAAGUAGUAAAUAAGAACUUUCAAGUUCCUUUUUCUUGACAUCAAGUAAGCGUUUGCUGCCAUUUUAAUGGAUUGGUAACAGCGCCAGAGCUUCAAGGGCAUGACACUUCGGUCUUAUGUGAAUAUGGCGCGGCAAGGCCAAUUUGGAACUCAUAUUAUAUUAUUUUAUUAUAUAGACACGAGUGUUUUACUGGAAAAUAUACCACUCGUAAAAUUCAUAAAAACUACUUCCAGGACCCGAGUGGGUUAUUUUCCAUAAUCUCACACGUGAGUUUAUCGAUGACGUAAUUUCGGUCAUUUCCCUCUGUUAUUUUAUCGAUGUCUUUUUGUCUAUAUAAUAAAAAGAACAUUACACGGCGGCUUGAAGAUAUGAAUUUCAUUUUCUCUUGGCAAAAACAAUAUUUUACUCACUCGCUGCGCUCUUUCGUAAAAUAUUGUUUUGCCACUCGAAAAUAAAAUUCAUAUCUUCGCGCCACCGUGUAAUAUCCUCUAUGUAUUAAGAUGGAAAAUAUACCAGACGGAUUAUCCGCCUUGACGUUUUUUCGUUCCUUCUCUGGUGUGAAAACGGCCAUUAUGCCUUGACUAACGUUUGGUUUUUCUGUAUAAACAGAUCGUCAUUGCAUUAAUAGUGCGUCCUCUGCUACCGAUGUUUAGAAUAAAAUGGCUCUGCGUUUAGCUUCUACAGCAUAUAAUCUCUUGCAAUAAUUAGUAACAGUUGCGACCUGUAUAUAGGAGAAUGAUUAGGCUCGUGCUAAUUUAUUUUCACUGCACGAAUAGAGAAAACAUCUAUUCAAGCAAUAUAUAUUGUUUGCCGAUAAAAUAUACCGGUAAAAGUAUAUUCGUAUAACUAAAGGAAGUAACAUUAGUUUUGUGCGGCUUUUAAUUUCAUUUGACUGACUAUAAGCAGUUUUUAAUACCGUGUUCUUAUCAAUGUUUUUAUCACCCGCUCCCCCCUUUUUGUUUAGCUUCGUUGUUUGAUUGUUUUUGUAUCUUUUUGUUGUUUUUACUUUUGUCACUUUGUAUACUUUAAUUUAUGGAGUAUACGUUUUUAUAUCUGGAAAAAAAGCACUGUCUGUACGUAUACUUUAAUUUGUGGAGUGUACGUUUUUAUAUCUAGAAAAAAACAUUAAACGCUUUCUUAAAGUCAUCUAAAGCAUAUGUGUGUAAAUUUUUUUCCUUCUCCUUUUAGACGUAGACGAGUGUACAGCAAAUCUCCAUACCUGUACCCAUUCCAACGCUGUUUGUAACAACACCGCUGGCUCUUAUUACUGCGGCUGCAGUUCUGGAUAUUCUGGAAAUGAAACAGUAUGCUUUGGUAAAUAUUAA